CUGGAGCUUUCUGUUUUCGGAACGGAACCUGUGAAACGCCGUUUAUUUUUUUUAUCAUCUUUCACAAAUCUGUCGGCUUCAUGUCCUGCAAAGUUCAAACGCUGUAACCCGUGAUCAAAUAACGUUACAAUUUCUGGGCACACACAGGAACGACCAGACCUGGGCGAGAACAUUUUUUUUUUUACAUUUUUUUCCAGAAACCAAGCAGACGAUUGAGUUGCUGAUGUCAGUUAACUCUGAGAAGUCGUCGUCUUCAGAAAGGCCAGAGGCUCAACAGAAAGUCCCUUCAGUUCCUCCACCCCCUCCACCACCUCCUCCACUUCCAGAGCCAUCUCCACCUGAGGCAGAGGAGGAGAUUCUGGGAUCUGACGAUGAGGAACAAGAAGACCCUGCUGAUUACUGUAAAGGUGGUUAUCAUCCUGUGAAAAUUGGAGAUCUUUUUAAUGGUCGUUACCACGUUAUUAGGAAGCUGGGAUGGGGUCACUUCUCUACAGUAUGGCUCUGCUGGGAUAUGCAAGGCAAGAGAUUUGUGGCUAUGAAAGUGGUAAAAAGUGCUCAGCACUACACAGAAACAGCUUUGGAUGAAAUAAAGCUACUCAGAUGUGUGCGAGAAAGUGACCCCAGAGACCCAAACAAGGACAUGGUUGUGCAGUUAAUUGAUGACUUUAAGAUCUCUGGCAUGAAUGGCAUGCAUGUCUGUAUGGUGUUUGAAGUUCUUGGCCAUCAUUUAUUAAAAUGGAUAAUUAAAUCAAACUAUCAGGGUCUUCCUAUUCGUUGUGUUAAAAGCAUUAUCCACCAGGUUCUUCAGGGUUUGGAUUAUUUACAUAGCAAAUGUAAAAUUAUCCAUACUGAUAUUAAACCAGAGAAUAUUUUGAUGUGUGUUGAUGAUGCCUAUGUUCGAAGGAUGGCUGCAGAAGCAACGGAAUGGCAAAAAGCCGGUGCUCCUCCUCCCUCUGGCUCAGCAGUGAGUACUGCUCCUCAGCAGAAACCAAUUGGCAAAAUUUCCAAAAACAAAAAAAAGAAACUAAAAAAAAAGCAAAAGAGACAAGCUGAGCUUCUUGAAAAACGACUUCAAGAAAUUGAAGAAUUAGAACGAGAGGCAGAGCAAAAAAAGACUGAAGAAACAGUAUCCUCAACAAUUCUUUUAAAUGAGCAGGAUUUGGAAGAUCAUCCUGAAGCCAAGAUGAAAACCGUAUGUCUUGAGGAUACAGCUGAUGAGGAGCCUGUUAAUGAAUAUGAAAGAGGAGAUAACGAUGAAAAAGAAGACACCGAAAAGGAAAAUGUUGAAAAAGAUGAUGAAGAUGACGACGAUGAUGAUGCUGAGCCUGAACUGGUUGACACAGAUCAGACAUGGAUUGAAUCUCCUAAAACAAACGGUCAUUUGGAAAAUGGCCCUUUCUGCAUUGAACCACAGUUGGAAGAUGAGGAGGAAGAAGACGAUGAUUGUCUUAACCCAGAGGAAUUCAAUUUGGAUGAAUCAAAUGUAGAAAGUGAUUAUACGUAUAGCAGCUCAUAUGAACAAUUUAAUGGUGAAUUGCCAAAUGGACAGCAUAAAAAUUCAGAAUUGCAAUUUUCUGAGUUUUCGGCCUCUGUGUUCUCUGAGGCUUUGGAAUCUGCAGCAUGUGGUUUAGCCAUUUCUGAAGAUUCUGCUCUCACAGACAGGGAUGAAAGUAGCUCUUGUCAUGACAGGAGCAGGACAGUUUCAGCAUCGAGUACUGGAGAUUUGUCAAAAACAUCUAAAAUUCGAGCUGCAGACCUGCUGGUGAAUCCACUGGAUCCUAGAAAUGCUGAUAAAAUAAGAGUUAAAAUUGCAGACCUUGGAAAUGCCUGCUGGGUGCAUAAACAUUUCACCGAAGAUAUCCAAACUAGGCAAUACAGAUCAAUAGAAGUUCUGAUAGGAGCAGGUUAUAGCACACCCGCAGAUAUCUGGAGUACAGCAUGUAUGGCAUUUGAACUGGCAACUGGUGACUAUUUGUUUGAACCUCAUUCUGGAGAAGAUUAUUCACGAGAUGAAGACCACAUAGCACACAUCAUUGAGCUUCUAGGCAAUAUCCCAAGACACUUUGCUCUGUCUGGAAAAUAUUCUCGGGAAUUCUUCAAUCGCAGAGAUCACAUAGCAUUGAUCACUGAACUGCUGGGAAAAAUCCCUCGAAAAUUUGGUAUAUUGGGGAAAUAUUCCAAGGAUUUUUUCACCAAGAAAGGAGAACUGCGACACAUCACUAAAUUAAAGCCUUGGAGUCUCUUUGAUGUUCUUGUGGAGAAGUAUGGCUGGCCUCAAGAAGAUGCUGCUCAGUUUACAGAUUUCCUGACACCAAUGCUGGAAAUGGUUCCGGAGAAGCGUGCAUCUGCUGGCGAGUGUCUCAGACAUCCUUGGUUAAGUUCUUAGCAAAUACUGUAGGCUUGAAGCUUUGCUCUGUUACUACAUAACUACUUGCUGACUGUGACAAAAUGUUAACAGCAGCAUAAUAUUUGAGGUGGUUUCAUCUCAGUCCCAUUGAUUUAACCCAUUUUACUUUUUGUUAUUUAAAUUUUUUUUUUUGGCUUGUUUAGUAUUUGUUGGAACUGUUAACCUCUGUGUCUGCUAUAAACUUAUCCGAUCUGUAAUGGGUAGGGGAAACAAUUAGUUUCUGACCAUGGUUUUCCAUAUUAUGUGCUGUUCAGAUGUCUAAUAUUAGAGUGAAUAGACCUUUUUUCCAUGUCUACAAGAUUUUGUAACUAUUUAUGAAGAUACAUUUUAGGUGAUGUUUGGGUAAAUCUUUGCUUUUGAAAUUCAAAAAAACAAAAAAAAAACAAAUAAAAAGGGGCCCAAGCUAUGGGCACUAUACAUUUUUAUUGUUUGGAAAAUAUUACCAUUCUUGUAUUAUAUUGUAUGUACAUUCACUUUGUAAAUGUGUAAUUUCAUUAAGAUCUUCGCAGUGCUACGAGAGAGCAGACGUAUGACGCGGCACCCUUCUGGUACUCUUGACGGUUAAUUACGAGAAAGGAAAUUUGAAUUCCAAAGCCAGCCUAGGUUAACCUGUUCAGUUUAGCAGCAUGCAUGUUAUCUCUGUUUCCUGAGGGUAAAUAUGGUCUUCUGAAUUUGAUUUGCAAAGUAAUGCCCUUUCUUCUCAAACAAUUGAUUUGAAUGACACUUUAGGGAUGCUGUAUUAUUUAAAGUAUAAAGCACUUUUACAACAAUGCUAAACAUUUUUUUUUUAGAUUUUUAAAAUGUGUGUAGCAGCAUUUCCAUUUCCUUCUUAAACUGUACAGAAAUUUAAAUUACAGACUUAGUCUACCCUCUCUAUGUGAAUAUUUAACAAAUCUGAUUAUUGAUAAAUACAUAAAUCCUUGCCCUUCAUGCCGCUCUGAGUUAACAGGGCAGUUCAUCUCUAACCACUAUGCUUCAUUCUUAUUUUAGUGUAAAUUUGUGUGUAGUCAUUUUCCAAUUUUGUACAUGUUAUUUACACUGAAUGGUGUUUUGUCAGUGGGAGGUUAUACUCAAGGAUAUUUGUUUUAUGCUUUAGGAGUGUGAUGGUGCAUCAUUUGAACUUUGGCUUAUGGCAUACAGAAAACAUUUUCCCAUGUGCACCCCUUGGGUGUUUUGGGUGUGGGACAACGCCCAAAAUAGCCCCUUGCUGCUUUUCAUAUGGUAAAAUGGCAGUCACCUUAAAGUGUCAGAACUGGUGCUGGUAGGCCAGAUGCUGAGUGGAAAUACUCCAGUUUUCAUUCCUUAUUUGCCAGUAAAGUGGCAGUGCUACUGUUUUCAGGCAAUUGCCCUUUAACUCUGUGGCUGGCAGUAGAGGAAGUUUAUGGCACCUUUUCACAUCAGGAACAAACACCUGAAAUUAUCUCUUGUGCCAUAGACCAUCUUGUGUGAUGGAAAGGCCAGGAGUAAAUAUAUACUGACUGAACUUAAAUUCUAGUGUAAAUGAUCUGUAAUACCAUCAAACAACAAACAUAAGGUGUUUAUUGCAUUAACAUCAAAAAGACCACAAUAACAUUUAGUGUGUAUAAUGUGUAAGGUAACAUGUAUUAUAUGUUUGCAGAAAUGCAAAAAAAAUAAAAAAAAUAACUAACAGCAAAGAAUAAAGAUGUUAAUAAAAUGAUUUUGCUCCACAGUGUGUAGUGCCGUGGACAAUGUAGCUCUUUCUGGUGUAGCAUUCUGAACGUUAAAUAGCCAAUUUCACAAUUGCUUAGGUGUACAGUACAUAUAAUUCAGCAUUAUUUUUUUAUAACUAAUUGCACUGGCUAUAUGUAUUUUGGAUAUACAUACUAUUUAGUAAUUCCUUUUACCUUUUGACGUUAACUUUCAUUCAGGCGCAUUCCUGGUUCAAUUCAAAAUGAUAGAAAUAAAAAUAUUCUAGGGAAUACAGAUUUUAGGAUGUUUGUAGAGGUCUGUUAAACCUCUUUUAGUCAUUGGAAUGAAUGUAAAUUUCUGUUUUUACAAAUGAUGGUGCCACUUUUCUCUUGAGAGUCUCAUUUUAAUCACAAGCCUUUGCAAUAAUAAUUAGAUGUAAAAAUGCCCCGUAUUGUAACCGUAACCAGUUGUGGUUUAAGGUGCUUGCAUUUGUCCAAUAAAAUGUAUGUUUUUCCAGAUAA